AUGUGCAUACAUAGAAUUCCAGGUUUGCAUGAAAAAUUACAUAGAUUUAUAUUUCGAAGAAAAAUUAGUGGGCCAUCUCCUCUAUACAAAACUCCUCUUAGACAUAUAUGGGCUAUUUUUUUUUAUAUAGAUAUUUUUAUACUAUAUAUUUACGUUUUUUCUUUUUUUUUUUCAAUACUUAUUCGCCAUGAAUGUUUUGAAAUAUUUCCAAUCAUAUUUCUUACUGCCGUUAAUCUAGUUUCAAGUCUUUUCAUAGAUUUUCUCUUUUUAUUAAUUAAAGACGAGGAAGUAGUAAGUGAAGAUGAGAUAAUUUUGUCUACUUUCUUUACAAUAUUAUUCUGUAUUAUUAAGAUAAUUAUUAAUGUUUAUAUUUUUUAUUACUCUCUUAAUAAUUUUGGAAAAAUUUUUGAUUCAAGAGAUAAUGAUAUUAAGGUAAGAUGCCAUACAUCUAUAACAAAAGGAAUAUUAUUAAAUUUUAUUGUGAUCAUUGCUUUUUCCUUUAUUGAAACAUAUAUUGAAUCAAUUCUUGCUUUUUUUUCUAUUGUUCACUUUAAAUCACAAGUUCAAAAAUAUGAAAUGAUUAUAUAA